AUGUCUGAUUGGGAUUGUGAUGACUACGAAGUUGAUACUUCACAGAUAUCCGGUAAAAAAAAGGAACUUGGGUACGAUGAUGAAGAAAUAGUUAAGGAGGCACAAAAUCUGAAAAUCAAUGAUAAAAAAACAGUUCAAAAAAACAAUUUUUCUUUCAAAAAAGGUGCUGAAAAAAGCUUGACACCAGCUGAAGUUAAGAGAAGGCAGGAAAAAAGUGAUCGAAAAUUGGCAGCUGAUCUCUUAGAUGGUGAAUUAUCAUCUUCAGAUGAUGAUGAUAUUCCAGAAGAUCCCCUUGCUUUUGUUGAUAAAAUAAGUGUUGAAAAUUACAAAGAAUUUGUGAAUGAAUUUACUGAACGAAUAACUGUGCAUUCAAAGGAGAAAUUUUACAAAGAAAUGCUUGGAUUACUUGUUGGAAAAAUGGCAGAGCCAUUAGAAGAAUUUCAGGUAAAUCAUUUGAUAAAAGCUCUUCAAACAGUUGCCACAAAAAAAUUGUCGGCUUUACCACCUGUUAAACAAAAAAAAGUUAAAGCUGUAAAAGAGAAACAAGCUAAACUUCUUGAGGAUACUUGUUAUGAUGAGUAUGAUGAAUAUGCCUUUGACAUGGAUUGA